UUUGAGGUCAAAGGUGAAGACUGAGCGCCCUAUAAAACCUCCCAGGCUCAGAGCUCCUCACCACUGCCGCUUCUUGUCAGCUCCUUGCUCCUGUGCCUUGAGGGUGAUCGCAUCAUUGGGAUGAUGACUAAGCUGGAGGAACACCUGGAGGGGAUCAUCAAUGUCUUUCACCAGUACUCAGUUCGGGUGGGGCAUUUCGACACGCUCUCCAAGGGGGAGCUGAAGCUGCUGAUCACCAAGGAGCUGGCCAACACAAUCAAGAACACCAAAGAUCAAGCCACCAUUGACAAAAUAUUCCAAGAACUGGAUGCUGAUCGAGAUGGACAAGUCACAUUUGAUGAAUUCACAGCCCUGGUGGCCCGAGUGCUGGAGACUGCCCAUAAAAAUAUCCACGAUCAUUAGAGAGCUCUGAGAGGCUUGUCCCCAGCAAUGUCCCCAAGAAGCACCGAGGGGAGUGAGAGUUAAUAAAUGUAUUCUUGAACAGUC